AUGCACAAAACAAUGUGGAAGGAGGAGGAGAAGUGUAAUAUGAAAGAUUAUUUGAAAGUUUCUGUAGUUAGUCUUUGUUCAGAACCUCACUCGGAACAAAUAAAAAUGAUAAAUGGGGUUGUAGCUAUCUUUAUUAAUGUGAGACAGAGACAUAGAAAGGGAAGGACACCUGAAAUUAAACCACUGGCAACUGAAAAGAAAUCCUUUGAAGGAGAGCAGUCAAGACCUGCAGUUGUACGGAAGGAUCAGUUCGAUAACUUGGACAAGCAUACGCAGUGGGGCAUUGACUUCUUGGAGAAAUAUGCAAAAUUUGUGAAAGAAAGGAUAGAAAUUGAGCAAAACUAUGCAAAACAACUGAGGAAUCUCGUUAAGAAGUACUGUCCUAAACGUUCACCAAAGGAUGAGGAACCCAGGUUUACUUCGUGUAUUGCCUUUUUUAACAUCCUGAAUGAGUUGAAUGACUACGCAGGACAACGAGAAGUAGUUGCAGAAGAAAUGGGACACAGAGUGUAUGGAGAAUUGAUGAGAUAUUCUCAUGAUCUAAAAACUGAGAGAAAAAUGCAUCUUCAGGAAGGGCGAAAGGCUCAGCAGUAUCUGGACAUGUGCUGGAAACAGAUGGAUAAUAGCAAAAAGAAAUUUGAGAGAGAAUGCAGAGAGGCAGAGAAGGCACAGCAAAGCUAUGAACGACUGGACAAUGACACUAAUGCGACAAAGGCUGAUGUUGAGAAGGCCAAGCAACAAUUAAACCUGCGCACACAUAUGGCUGAUGAAAACAAAAAUGAAUAUGCUGCACAACUACAGAACUUUAAUGGGGAACAGCACAAACACUACUACAUUGUCAUUCCUCAGAUUUAUAAGCAACUUCAAGAAAUGGAUGAAAGAAGGACUAUCAAGCUUAGUGAAUGUUACAAAGGCUUUGCUGACUCUGAGCGCAAAGUUAUUCCAAUAAUCUCUAAGUGUUUAGAAGGGAUGAUCCUUGCAGCAAAGUCAGUCGAUGAACACAGAGACUCUCAACUAGUGAUAGACUGCUUCAAAUCUGGUUUUGAACCUCCUGGAGAUUUUCCAUUUGAAGAUUACAGUCAGAAUAUUUACAGAACUAUCUCUGAUGGAACCAUCAGUACACCAAAGCAGGAAGGAAUGAGAAUUGAUUCAAAAACUACAGUCGGCAAGGCUAAAGGAAAGCUGUGGCUGUUUGGAAAGAAACCAAAGGGCCCUGCACUAGAAGACUUCAGCCAUCUCCCUCCAGAACAAAGACGCAAGAAACUGCAACAGAGGAUUGAUGAACUGAACAGAGAGCUACAGAAGGAAACAGACCAAAAAGAUGCCCUCAUCAAAAUGAAGGAUGUUUAUGAGAAAAAUCCCCAAAUGGGUGAUCCAAGCAGUUUGCAACCAAAAUUAACUGAGACCAUGAGCAACAUGGACCGUCUUCGGAUGGAAAUACAUAAAAAUGAGGCCUGGCUUUCUGAAGUUGAAGGUAAAGUGGCAGCCAGAAGCGACAGGCGGCACAGCAGCGAUAUCAACCACCUUGUAACACAGGGCCGAGAGAGCCCUGAAGGGAGCUACACGGAUGAUGCAAAUCAGGAAGUUCGCAGUCCACCACAGCAACACACUCAUCCAAAUGAGUUUGAUGAUGAGUUUGAAGAUGAUGAUCCAUUACCAGCUAUAGGACAUUGCAAGGCUAUAUAUCCAUUUGAUGGUCAUAAUGAAGGCACUCUAGCAAUGAAAGAAGGGGAAAUCUUGUACAUUAUUGAGGAGGACAAAGGAGAUGGGUGGACAAGAGCUCGAAGACAUAAUGGAGAGGAAGGCUAUGUGCCAACAUCAUAUAUAGAUGUAACGCUAGAGAAAAACAGCAAAGGUGCAGUAACCUAUAUCUAACAGUAAACUGGCAGCUUUCAGUUGUACAUUCUCCAGGGAAAAUAGUGGAAAAAUAAGAAGUUAUGCAGGUUCAUGGAAAGAAUUACAGAAGUCAGCAAUGAUCUGUUGUUUGCAUUGGAAGUUUGCUAUAGUUCUUUUCAGAGAUAACCACAGUAAAUUAUGCAUCUUACACUGGUCUGUAAUUUUGACCAAUGUCUUCUGCUUUGUUUAACUGAUCUAGAGUUCUUGCUUUACAAAGCACUAAAUCCAGUUCAGCUAUGGAUUGGACCAGGAUUCCUGCUUGUUCUGUAGAAUACUUUGUUUUUAUAGAGAACUGAAAAAAUACUUAAGUUUUAAAGAUUUCUAAGAUUUACUGUUCCCACUUUUAUAGCUUAAAUUAUAUGAUUAAAACAGAGGGCUUUUUCCUCUAAUAACUAACUGAACUCAGUUACUGAAAGUUAUUAAUUUCCUUCCUUAGCGAAUACUUGGCAGCUUUCACUUCUUAAACAGGAAAAUGUUUUCUGAUUCUGAAAGUUCAAAAAAAUACUCAGGAAAAAACAUUACGAUUAAGAAGGACAGAAAGUUCGCUGACCUGCCUGUCUCCUUCCUUUUCAGUACUUGUAAUGUAGAAUGUUCUGUAUUGGACACAACUUCAUUGUUUUAACUCUAGAUACCUUGAACAAACAAAAAGAGACCACAUGUAAUGCUUGAUGUCUUACUGAAACCUCUCUCUGCUCCUGAUAAGGGAAUGAUUUUAUAUUCUUAAUCUGUGCCUGUAAACUAACUCUCUUGAAUUGUAUUGUGUUUAGUUUGAAAUCAAGGUCUUAAAUGUACAGUAAUUCUCCUCAUUGUUAAAUCACUGAGGAUUGGAAAAUGCAUUGCACUACUUGAUUACUAUGAAAAAAAAACUUAUCUAAAAACUGUAACUCGUAUUUCUACUGAGAGUUUGUGGAAUUAAGUACAAGGCUGAUGUGUAGCCACUGAGAAUGGCCUGUUAGAACUGAGCACGCUUCUCUUAUCUUCUAAAGGCCUUCAGUAACUUUGUUCUUUUCUUUUUCCUCUUGGACUGCAGGUUCCUGAAGCGGGUUUCUGAGAAAAUGGGCGAGAUCUUGAAGGAGGUUACAUGCAGCUGCUGGGGGGGAGGGGGUGGGGAGGGGAGGGGUACUAGACUGGGAGGCCCAAGGGUAAAAGCUAGUUGCAUGAAUGCAUGCAGACAUACAUUUAGUCACUAACAUCUUAGCAUCUCCAUAUAUAGGUAAGGAUGUAUUACACAAUCUUGAAUUUGUGCAGGAAAAUAGAGUUCCAUUACCAGAGUAAAAAGGCUACUGCUCCUAAAAUUGCUUUAUUUUCAUUGUUCUAGGUUGUUCCAGGUGCACAAACUAUAUUUUAGCUUGUGCAAUGUUUUGAUUUCUCAAUUAUGCUCUUUUCCAACUCAUUUUAAUUGGCAGUCACUUAGAACCAUGUCAGUUAUCAGUCUGCCUGUGCCACCUCCAUGCUCGCUGUUAACCUCCUCCUGCAUGCCUAGGACAGGCAUGUUCUGUGUAACACUUUGCCAUCAGUGCUUGUCUUAUUUUGUAACAAAUCAUUUUCUUUAAAUAUCUUCGGCACUAGAGUUUCAUCCCAGUAUCCAUGUAUGCUGCUAUAACAAUACCACUGCAACCAUCAUUACAUUCCAGAUUUUUGGCAUAACUGAUAAGAGACCGUAAUGUGUUUUCUUAAUUUGGGGAACUAAUACAUCUCAGCUCUAGCCUACAAUGCAAUCAAGAGAAACUCCUAGACCUGUGGUCCCUCUUCAGCCCUUCAGUAACCUGUUGUGAGCACUGAAAACCUGGAACACAACCAGAGGAUUCACCACUGCGAGCUAAUGACUGUUUUCAGAAGUCAACCACUUGCCAUUCAAAAGCUGCCUUAAACUAGAGUGCCUAAAAUCUGCUGUUUGCCAACACUACCACUUACAGUAUCCCACAAGGGCUUUGUGUCUCAGCUCUUUCCACAGUGCUGCAGCUGCUGAGGUAGCCACGGUAGGUGUUUUCUAGAGCUCUACUUUACUGGAUACAUGGUGCAUCGUGAAUUUUAUACAUUGAAAUGUGUAUCUCAUUACUUUUAUACAUUGAAAUGUGUAUCUCUUCAUUUGACUUUUAAUAUUUUUUUAAAAGAUUUUUAUGGAAACUGUCUCUUAGUUUUUCACUAUGAAGUUCCAAGUUUAAUUACUGCAGUGCUAGUCCAUUUCCAGGUGAUGCUUCAUUGUAUGGACCAGUUGAAAUUUGAGUGAUACUUUGUUAAUGAUCUAUGUGCACUUUUACUUGUAAACAAUUGAAAUUUGGAUAUGUUUAUACGUGUAAAUAUAGUUGUCUGCAGUGCCCCUAUUGCUUAUGUUGUCUUGCCUCCCAUUUGUGGUUCUAUUAAUACAUACGUCAUAUCUGAUUGAUUAAGGUGAUAAGAAUUAGACUAGAGAUGUUGGGGGGAGGGAUACUUGUAUCAAAGAAAGCUUGUCAACCCAGCCACCUGCUGUUCAGCAGCAUAUUAUAAAAUAAUAAUUAAAACAUCCUCUUUUUCUGGCGUCUGAAGCAAUAUUUGGAUGCAGCAGUGCUGGAUUCUGUUUCAUUUCAGUGUUAUUAGAAACUGUACUACCAGUAAAACUGAAUUUGAGUGACUUGUGUAGAGGUUUAUUCCUUUUGUUACGUAUACCACUAUUACACAGCUUGACCUAGUGUACUAUGGGGCCUAUUAAACUCUAAAGUUUAGAUUUUUGGAGCUUGUAUACAGGGUUAUUUAUAUAAUAAUGUGACAUUACUCAAUACUGACAAAACUACUUAGGUAGUUUUUUGGCUUUGGGGUUUUUGGGGGGUUUGUUGGGCUUGGGGUUGGGUUUUUUGUUUGUUUUUCUUUUUUUUUUUUUAAUCUAGUGCUUUUUUUAUUUUAAAGUUAGAGAAAAACGGGAUGAUCCUUGUGGGUCCCUUCCAACUCAGAAUAUUCUGUGAUUCUGUAAUUCUGUGAAAAGGAAGAAAUGUGAUCUGUGUAUUUUCUGCUAAAGGGCCUGUGGUCUGCCUGGCUAACAGCCUUGCAGGUCAGUAGUAACGCUGCCUGGUAAAGGACUAAAUGCUCUCUUCACGCUACUGUUUGUUUUUCUAAAACCAGGAUUUGCUUCCUUUGGAGGCAGGUUGCUUUCAAGAUGGAUAGUGCAACUUGUAUGGGGGUUAUUAAACAUAGGAAAAAACAUUUGUACUUGCACAGCUAGUUAUAAAUCACUUAUUCUAAAAUUCUGAAUGUGAGUUGUCUUAAAGCAUCUGACAUUUUCCAGUAAUUUUUUAAUCCUUUUUUGUGCACAUGUUGAUUUCCUAAAUGUUAAAUGCUUUGUUUAAAAAUAGUGUUCUCUGUUGAGAAUAUUUUCAUGGAAUAAAAAAAUCUUUUCAUGGUCUAAGUAA